UCCCUUCCGCCUUCCCGCCCCGGUCCCGUCCUGCCGCGGCCGCAAAGCGCUUCGCUGCCGUGUAACGCGUUUACGACAUCGCGGGACGGCGGCGGGGGGGCCGUGACCAUGUUCGGGGCGGCGGUGGCGGACGAGGACGACGCGGAUUUCCUGUCCCCAGCCAGCGGUGCUAGAUUGGCCUCUCUCUUUGGUCUGGAUCAAACGGUCUCAAGCCAUGGAAAUGAAUUCUUCCAGUACACUGCACCAAAGCAGCCUAAGAAGGGUCAAACAGCAGCUGCAGCUCAGGCAGCCCAGAAGGCUCCUGCGGCCCCAGCAGCUUCAGGAGCACCAUCAGUGUUCACGGCCACUGCAGUUCAUGCUUAUCGAUAUACAAAUGGGCAGUACUUGAAGCAAGGCAAGUAUGGAGCAGCUGUAGUGGGGAACCACGUUACUAAAGAGUACAGGAUCCUCCUUUACAUCAGUCAGCAGCAACAGAUCACAACUGCAAGGAUCCAUCCAGGCUUCAUACUCACAGUUCAACCCAACAAUUACAGUACGUUCUAUGAUGAUCAGAGACAAAACUGGUCCAUCAUGUUUGAGUCAGAAAAGGCAGCAAUGGAUUUCAGUAAGCAGGUCUGCAUUGCCAAAUGUAACAGCUCCCCAGCACUUGAUUCAGUCCUCUACCAGGAUCUUGUUCUUGGAGAAGGCCAGGGAGUAGGAGUGGGAGACUCUCUGGAGAUUGCCUAUGUGGGUUGGCUGUUCCAGAACCACGGGCUUGGACAGGUGUUUGACUCAAAUGUUAACAAAGACAAGCUGUUGCGGCUAAAGCUGGGAUCUGGAAAGGUCAUCAAGGGAUGGGAAGAAGGAAUGAUGGGGAUGAAGAAAGGAGGACGAAGGUAUCUCAUUAUUCCUCCAGCAUGGGCCUAUGGGGCUCAGGGAGUGGCUGGCCGUGUCCCUCCAGACUCUACUUUAGUUUUUGAGGUGGAAGUUAAGAGAGUGAAGUUGGUAAAGGAGUGCUCUGGUUCGGAUGGACAGAGUGCUAGCUCAAGGGAUUCUCCUGCACCCUCUCCAGUACCCAAUUCAGAUGGAUUCUCUGCAGACACCGGUUUAUUGCCUCCAUCUACGAUACCUCCAAAGCCUGGGGAGCCAGCUGUUCGGGCCAAGUCAAACUCCAUCAGUGAACAGCUAGCAAAUCCAGAUGUAGCAAAGGCAAAGCUAAUUUCUCGGAUGGCUAAAAUGGGCCAGCCCAUGCUGCCUUUCCUUGCCGGAACAGCAGGUAGUCAGCUUGACUCCAGUGACUCGGAAAUAGAGGAUCCAAAUACACUGAGAGGGACAGUGCAACCAGUGGCCUCAUCUUCCAUGAGGCCGUUGCAGCCGGCUCAUGCAGUACUGCCCACAGUGUCAGCACAAGUACCUCAAGCAGCUGGUUCUACACCCCCGGUAUCUUCUGCUGCUUUAAUACCUGCAACGAUCCAGCCUCAUUCAGCUCUGCCUGGAGGAGCACAGGGUUUUCAGGCAUAUCCGGGAAUGGCAUUUGCUUACACCCAGACUGCUGCCUCUGCUUCUCAGCUGCAGCCUGUAGGACAGAUGUAUCCCACACCUUACCAAGCACCCGGGGAUGUUACUUCCUUUUUGAUGGCAGAAGCUCGGCAGCAUAACACCGAAAUCCGAAUGGCCGUUAGCAAAGUAGUAGAUAAAAUGGAUCACCUGGCUGCCACGGUGGAGGAGUUGAAGAAACAAAACGCUGGUAACAGCUCAUUGCUGCCUGGUAUCUCCUCUGUUACUAUGGAAGCCUCCAUGAUCAUGAGCAACAUCCAACGCAUAAUCCAGGAGAACGAGAGGCUGAAGCAAGAGAUAUUUGAGAAGAGCGGUCGUAUUGAGGAGCAAAAUGAGAAGAUCAGUGAGUUGAUUGAGCGGAAUCAGAGGUAUGUCGAACAAAGUAACUUGCUAAUGGAGCAGAGGAAUCAUUCACUGCAAACGACAAAUGAAAACACACAGGCAAGAGUGUUACAUGCAGAACAGGAGAAGGCCAAAGUUGCAGAGGAGUUAGCAGCUGCCACGGCACAGGUCUCCCAGCUGCAGCUGGAGCUGACUGCCCACCAGAAGAAGGAGAUGGACCUGCGGAAACAGCUGUCUGCUGCCCUGCAGGAGGCAGAGCGACAUGAGACGCAGCUCAGCAAACUGCAAGUGCAGUUAGCAGAGCUCCAAGAAGCCUCUGAGGACACUCAGACCAGAUUCAAAGCUGAGAAGCAGAGCCGCAAACAGCUGGACAUGAAGAUUACGGCAUUGGAAGAAGAGCUAACGGACCUGAAAGUGGAAAAGGAGACUCUUGAAAGGAAUCUUUCAGAGAGGAAGAAGAAAUCCCUCUCAGAGAGAGCUCAAGCAGAGGAAGAGAUGGAAGAAAUACGCAGAUCCUAUCAGCAGGAACUGGACAAGCUUCGACAGCUGCUGAAAAAGGCACGGACUUCAACUGACCAGGCAGCAGCAGAGCAGCUAUCACUCCUCCAGGCAGAGCUGGAAUCCCAGUGGGAAGCCAAAUGUGAACGUACGCUGGCCUCGGCCAAGGAGCAGCAUGUUAGACAGUACCAGGAGGUGUGUGAGCAGAGAGAUUCCCUGCAGCAGCAGGUGUCCCAGCUGGAAGAGAAGCUUGCAGCUCUAAAACACUCGAAAAAAGCAGAGGAGCAAAAAUUGUCUGAGUUUCAGCAACGUUUGGAGCAACUAGAGCCUAUCAAAGAGAAGUACUUAACCCUGCAGUCCGAUAUUGUGGCGCUGAAGGCUCGCUAUGAAGAACGCAUCCGAGACCUGGAGAAGGACCAGGCUGGAUCUUCACCUGCAGACUUCACCGAAGAAGUAAAGAAGAUAAUGAAUGGUGUAUUUCAGUCUCUUCGGGGUGAAUUUGAGCUGGAAGAGACGUACAGUGGCAGGACAGUUCUGGGUGUUGUCAUGAACACUAUUAAGACUGUAACGCUGCAGCUACUCAGCAGGCAGCAGGAGAAAGCGGAUCAUGACAGCAGAAAGGAGGAUUCUGGAACAGGAGCAGUGAGACAGGAGGGAUUGCCUGGAGCGAAGACUGACCACAAAGAGCCCAUGCAGCAUAGUGCAGCACAGAGUGCUGCAUUCCCAGCUGAUCCUGGGGAAGCAACCACAGGCUCCACGGUGUCUGACCAGGAAGGCGAGUCUGCUCCUCUGUCUGCCAGGCCCAGAACUCCCGAGGAGAAGCAGGCGGCACAGAGCAGUGUGGUGUUGGAAGAUGAAAAGGUCCAGGGGGAGCAUCUCUCUUCCACCGCUGAAUCCUACCCGGGUCCUGAUAGGGAGCCUAUGCUUGCAGGACAGCCUGUUCCUGAGGUGGAUGAGGAUGUUGUCCCAGCUGCGCGAAGGCAGGAGAGCAGUCCCACCAGCAAAGCUGAGACUGAAGACAGUCCCUCCAGGGUGUCUUUGCAGGCAGAAGCUGCAGAACCCUCUGUUCUAGAAGCCAAGCCAGGAGAAGCAGGUGGGGCAGUGCUUCUAGAAGAACCAACUGCGGAGCAGAAGGCAGAGGAGCCUGUAGGAGGCUUAGAGCCCCCUCCCUUAAAUGGCGAGGCAGAGAACUGCACAGACCCAUCAGAUGGAGGUGGCUCUGAGAAGGAGCCUGCUUCACUACCCAACGCAGCAGAGCAGAGCUCUGCUAUCAUCAGAGAAACCCCAGGACAGCCGGAGGGGGGCUCCGGCGAGAGGCAAAAAGAUCCCAGUCUCUUUGAGGAUGACAACUUCUUUGAAACAGCAUCUCCUAAACCACUGAAGCCUCGAGUUCCAUCUGAGGAGGAGGAUGAGGAGGAAGUGAGCAUGAAGGGGCGCCCCCCUCCAGCCCCACUCUUUGGUGAUGAUGAUGAUGAUGAUCUGGACUGGUUGGGAUGAAGAGCUGGCUGGUGAACCUGUGAGCCCCCUCCUCUGGGCAUGGCCUCUUCCUCUGCACUUAGCUCUUGACAGGCUGCAUAUGUUGGUCAGUUGUGAGCAACCAGGGACUUCCCAGGCUCGUGCACUGCAGCCUGAGGGGCCUGGGAGCAAGGGGCUCCUUCUGCGCGCGUGGGCACCCAGACCCCUCGCUCUGACCUGGCAACCGCACAGAGGUUGGGACGAGCUGAAGGAACCACCCAGUCUUAGUGCACGUUUGUGUUGCUGUCCUACUUCUGUGAUUCAUUAAUCUGAAACUUUAUGCAAAUACAAACUGUAAAGUGCUUCAGGAGACCAAGUCUGGCAGGACCCUGCGCUACGCAACUACUUCGGUUUUUGGUCGUGUUUUUUUUUUUU